AUGGUUAAAAAUAUCUCGUGGUGUAUUUUCGGAGAUUUUAACGACAUUCUAGCACUGGAGGAGAAGAGGGGUGGUGCCUCGUACCCUACGUGGCUCCUAAGUGGGUUUCGUAAUGCGGUUAUGAAAAGUGGUUUGAUUGAUUUGGGAGCAUCGGGGCAUAAGUUUACUUGGUUUCGAGGUAGAGAUAUCGAUACUAGAAUUGAAGAGAGGCUUGAUAGAGUUUUGUGUAAUAAUAGCUGGCUUGAAGUUUUUCUUGAGUCCUUAGUGCAUAAUAUGGAGCUUACAACCUCAGAUCCCUUGCCUAUUUUGUUAUCUAUUAAACGGUACCAGGAUGAAGAUUGUGUGCAGGUUAUUCGUGGGGGUUGGGUCAGAAACCCUAUCGCUGGUAUUAUGGAUAAACUGAAUGGUGUUAGGGAUGAGUUAAAGAGGUUGAGUGGUGCAAAGGGUCCCAACUUUAAGAAGCGUAUUGAUCGGUGUAGGAAAGCUAUGGCUGGCUAUCAAGCUAGGGUGGAUACAGCAGGUGUUGAUAGAUACAACUGCAUCUCGUCGGAAUGCCAUGUUUUUUUUCUAGAAGAGAAAAAAUACUGGAAACAGUGUUCGAAGUGCCACUGGCUUAGGGAAGGAGAUGCUAAUACACGUUUUUUUUUCAUAAUGCGGCUUCAUCAAGACAAAGAACGAACAAAGUGGCGAGGUUGCGAGACGAGCAAGGGCUUUGGUGCAAGAUGA